AUGCACUUCUCAGCCAGCGUAACCUUCACCUUGGGCCUGUUGGCCUCCCAAGCCGCGGCGUUGAACAUCGUCAAGGUGGCCUUCCGGGGCGGCGCCGUUGGCACCCCAACCUUUACGAGCACCACCGUCCGCCCCACGACGACCUUGGUCAAGCUCACCUCGGCAACCUCGUCAUCGACCUCUUCCGCGGCGACAGCCUCCCCCACCGCGUCCUCCAACUCGACCUUGACCGCCGACCUGCAACGCGCCCUCGACCUCCACAACAUCUACCGCGCGGCCGUCGGCAACGCCAACCUGACCUGGGACGCCGACCUCGCCAAGAGUGCUCAGGCCUGGGCCAACCAUCUGACGACUGUCGGUAGUCUGGUUCACGACUCAAACCCUGGUGGCCAGGGAGAAAACUUGGCUUCGCAGUCGGGCGGCACCACCACCUACUUCACCAAUGGUGUCCAGCUGUGGUUGAAUGAGAAGCCCCUGUACGAUGGCAAGCCCAUCAGGACCACGGGAUCGCCCAACUACCUGAACUAUGGUCACUACACUCAAUGCAUUUGGAAGGGAACUCAAAAGGUCGGCUUGGCCCUGGCUACCGACUCCAAGGGUACCACCUUUGUCGUCGGACGCUACUUGCCCCCUGGAAACUACGUCGGCCAAAUGCCCUACUAA